UUCCUGGUCCUGUGGGCUCUGCAGCCGUUUCCGGUCCUGCGCCUGAGGCGCAGGCGCAGUUCCGCCGUGGGCCGGCCUGGCUGUUGGGCUGUGGGUUGUCUGAGAGGUCUUCCUGGAGCUCCUGGGCAUUGGUGGCCCUGCAGCCAUGGUGAUCCUGAGAUGCAGCUACAGUGCCUCAAGACUCUGUCCCAACACCAAGGAAGGAGCAUGGAGGAUGAGAAGACAGUGGCUUCAGGCUCCCAAGCAGCCCGAUCCCAGACAAAAGAAAAAAAGAGAAGAAGAGGAAGAAAGUCAGCACAACUGCUCAAUACGGUGAAAAGGUCUGAAGACACAGGCCGCGGUCAACACAUGUGGAGCUCGCCCCUCUGUAGAACGACUGCAGUAACUUUCAAGGACGUGGCUGUGGACUUCACCCAGGAGGAGUGGGGGCAGUUGGACCCCGCCCAGAGGAACCUCUACAGGGACGUGAUGCUGGAGAACUAUGAGAACCUGGUGUCCCUGGGGCUUCCAGUAUCCAAACCUGAUGUGAUCUCCCAGUUGGAGAAAGGAAAAGUACCUUGGGUGCAAGAUGGAGAAUCCCUAAAAGACAUUUGUCCAGAUUCUGUUAUUCAGGAGACUAAGUCUGAAACCGUGGACUUUUCUCCCAAGCAGUGUAUUUAUGUAAGAGUACCAUCCCAGGGAAGACUCAAAAAGGAGGAUCACAAGAUGGAAAAGACAUGGGAAUAUGAUGUCAAGUUAGAGAGGAAGAAGAACAGCCAGAGGAAACAAUCCAGACAAGUGACAGUCACUCCCAAAAAUCUUGCUAAACAGAGGCAUCUCCAUGAAACUAAUACACAUGGAAAAAAGUUUAGUUCAGGAUCAGUCUUUGUUCCAAAACAGAAUGUUCCUUUAGGAAAAAAUCACCAGAAUUAUGGCACACAAGGAAAUAGCAUCAAACCAAUUUCAGACCUAGUUAAACAUAGUAAAGUCUCUAAAGGGAAGAGCCUUUCUAAAUAUAAUUGUAAGAAGCCUUUCAGUUAUCGCUCAGACUUUGUUCAGUUUCACAUGAUGCAUUCUGGAGACAAACCAUGUAAAUGUAAUGAAUGUGAGAAAGCCUUCAGUAAGAGCUCACAUCUUGCUGAAAACCAGAGGAUUCAUCCUGGAAAGAAAAAUGAAUGUGAGAAAGAGUUAAGCCAUAGUGGAAGCCUAUCUCAAAAUAAGAGGGCUAAUAUUGGAGAGAAACCCUUUAAAUGUCAUUAUUGUGGCAAGGCCUUUAACAACAACUCAAGCCUCAUUCUGCAUCUAAGAAUUCAUACGGGUGAGAAACCCUUUGAGUGUAAUGAAUGUGGCAAAGCCUUCAGCCAGAGGGGAAACCUUAAUGAACAUAAAAAAAUUCAUACUGGAGAGAAACCCUUCAAGUGUAAUGAAUGUGGCAAAGCCUUCAGCAGCAAUUCUAGCCUUACUCUGCAUCAAAGAGUUCACACUGGAGAAAAACCUUUUAAGUGUAAUGACUGUGGGAAAGCCUUCAGCCAGAGGGGAAAUCUCAAUGAACAUAAGAGAACUCAUACUGGAGAAAAACCUUUUGAGUGUAAUGAAUGUGGAAAAGCCUUCAGUCAACGGGGCCACCUUACCGAACAUCAGAGAAUUCAUUCUGGAGAGAAACACUUUGAAUGCAGUGAAUGUGGGAAAGCCUUCAAUCAUAGAGUGUCCCUUAUUGAUCAUCAGAGAAUUCAUACAGGAGAGAAACCUUUUGAAUGUAAUGAAUGUGGGAAAGCCUUCAACCAGAGAGGGCACCUUAAUGAACAUAAAAGAAUCCAUACUGGAGAGAAACCUUUUGAAUGUAAUGAAUGUGGGAAAGCCUUCAUCCAUAAGGGAAGCCUUACGGAGCAUCAGAGAAUUCAUGCUGGAGAGAAACCCCUUGAAUGUAAUGAAUGUGGCAAAACCUUCAGCCAUCGGACUUCCCUCUAUUCUCAUCUGAGAAUUCAUACUGGAGAGAAACCCUUUGAAUGUAAUGAUUGUGGGAAAGCUUUCAGCCAUAAUGCAUCUCUUAUUUAUCAUCAGAGAAUUCAUACUGGAGAGAAACCUUUUGAAUGUAAUGAAUGUGGGAAAACUUUCAGCCAUAGGAGAUCCCUUCUCCAUCAUCAGAGAGUUCAUACUGGAGAGAAACCCUUUCAGUGUAAUGAAUGUGGGAAAGCCUUCAGCCAGCGAGGGAACCUUUUUUAUCAUCAGAGAAUUCAUACUGGAGAGAAACCCUUUGAAUGCAAUGAAUGUGGAAAAGCCUUCAGUCAUAGUACAUCCCUUAUUUAUCAUCAUAGAGUUCAUACUGGUGAGAAGCCCUUUGAGUGCAAUGAGUGUGGCAAAGCCUUCAGCCAGAGGGGACAACUUAAUAAGCAUCAGAGAAUUCAUACUGGAGAGAAACCUUGCAAAUGUAACGAAUGUGGGAAAACUUUCAGUCAGACAGGACACCUUCUUAGACAUCAGAGAGUUCAUACUGGGGAGAAGCCCUUUGCGUGUAAUAAAUGUGGUAAGUCCUUCAGCCAGAGAGGAAGCCUUGUUCUGCACCAGAGAAUUCAUACUAGAGAGAAACCCUUUCAAUGCAGUGUGUGUUCAAAAGCCUUCAGUCAUAGGACAUCCCUCAUUUGUCAUCAGAGAAUUCACAAUGGAAAAUAAACUGAUGAAUAUAAUGAAUUUGGAAACUCCUUCCACUUUGGUCAUCUUAGCCACAGGGGAUAUCUUACUAAAUACCAGAAAAUUCAUAAUAAUGGGAAACCCAUAAGUGUAAUGGCUGUGAGAACACCUUCAGCACUAGCUGAACCCUUCAAGCACCAGAGAAUCCAUAUUGAAGAAAAACCUUAUAAAAGUCUCAACUGACAAAACCUUUCAUGUAGUUCAUGCCUCAUCAGGCAUCAGAAAGUUUAUGUUGGAGAUUGAUUAGUGAUGGGGAAGGAAUAUUCUGGGGACUUCCUCAUGAAAAACUGCCACUUGUCAAGUACUGUAUAGUUAAGAUGGGAGACUUCACCCCCAACUACAUUAUUGUUUGGUUCUUUAAGAGAUAAGAGGCAUACCUCCCUUUAUCACCCUUCCUGUAAUAUACAUCAGCUGCACAUACUACACAUUCUGCAGUCAGUGUGCCCAAGCAGUAUCUGAAAAGGCAUUUGUGUAACCAAGGUUACAGAAAAUGUUUAGUCAAACCACUGAAGUGUUAUAUUUAUUUAGUUGCAAGGGAUUCUAUUCUCCCCAUACUUUAAUUUUUCCUUUUAAAGAUAAUGAACUUACUGUCCAACAACAAAAAAUACAGUUGCACAAGCAAGAAUAAAGUAUUGUACAUGAAACUAUAGACCCUAUUCUUUGCAGUUUGUUAAGUAAAAAUGUACAUUCCCUUCAGGUCAAUCAGCAUGGAAUAGUGUGGGUGGUGGCCUGUCUGCCAUUUACUACCUUUAUUGCUUUCUUGGCAAGUCCCUUAACCCUUCUCUGUGUAGAGUAACUUUCUAGGAGUUAAAUACCAACAGUCCUCCUUUUUCUGUUGAGGGUACCAAAAGCAUUCUUCUAGUCACCCAGGUUUGCGACCUUGGAGUUGUCUUUCCUUCUCCAUCCUUUUAACCUAUCAGCUACUGACUUGUUUCCACUUCCCCAGCGUCUUUUGAAUCUGUCCUCUUCUGUCCCCUCAGUUUAUACCUGUUCAGAUCCGUGUCACCUCUCACUUGGACUACUGUAGUAGCUUUCUGAUUACUCUCCUGUCUCUUCUCCAAGUGGCGGGGCCACAGAGCCAGACUGUAAGCACUGGAGAAAGAGGAGCCUCUAAGUGGAGAUGGCUUUUUUCCAUCUCGAAGUAGUGGAAGGGUCAAUUGAAGAGGACUGUUAAAAAAUAAUAUAUUGAUGCAAGCAAAGCAGAAAGUGAGGUCUUUUGAAUAGGAUGCGCUGUUGUAUAAUGUAGGUGGCUCGAGGAUAAAAAGUGGGAACAGACUCUGGAGGGAGUCACCUUUUUUUUUUUUUUAAGGCUAUGAGUAUGUGAGAGAUUGAAGGGGAAAAAAAUCCACUCUCAGUUUUUUCCUUAGCAAUCAGUCGUUUCCUUUAAUAUGCACAUUUGUUGUGAGCUGCCAGUGCUGUUGAGGCAAGAGAAGUUCCCUCUCCUGCCCAGCCCCUUGCUGAAAAUCCAAUAGAGAGAGAGCUGGAAAAAAAGGGAGAAGGGUACAGAAAGGACAGCAGUUUCCAGAGCUCACUCUUCUAUACCAUAGAAGGGAGAAGUUCUGAUGUGUCCAUGUGCCCUUCUUCGUAGUUGACAAUCAUGUAUAAGCCAGCCCCAGCCACUGGAGACCAAUCCGUUUUUUGCAUCCUUACAGAAAUGCUCUAGGGCAUAUGUCUAGUUCCAGGAGAGGUCCUCUGAAAUCUCUUCAAAUGGACGAAUGGGGACAUUUGUCAAGUUGAGCAAAGGUUCUUCUGAUCACCUCUACUACAAAAAAAGUUAUGUCUUGUGUUUAAGAAGUGUUUCUGUUUUGUUUUUUUCUGCUCAUUUUAAGUCAUCAAGGAAUACUAUGUUUUGUCAGACUUUUCGUGGAUAUUUUCAUGUAGUGUGGUUUUUUUGUUCAUGUGCUGUAACAUGUUGAUAAUAUUGCUUAUGUGUACUAACAUUUCAUUCCUGCAAUAAACCCUGCUUAGUUGUUGGAAUGUAAA